CCGCGGACUUAGAUGGGGCAGGUCCUUGGGAGGGCAAGAGAGUGCAUGGGAGCUUAAGUUAUAAAAUGUGGACCCGAGUCCCGCGCGUCCGUGGAACUCUUGCUGUUGCGGCCUCCCCUCCACCUGCUUUGAAGUGCAAGUCUCAGGUCUUCGCUGCUGCCCUGGCUGAGCCUGCAGCGAGAGCGGCCGGCGUCGGCUGGGCUUAAACUAACCAGGCAGUCUUUCUGCUCCCUCCGCUUUCUCUCCACCAGGCUCCCGCCCCUCGGGCCUGAGUGUCGCCGGGUCGCCCCUCCAGAGCCGCGUGUUCUGAGGGCUGGAUGUACGUACGUGCCCUCCAGUCCCUGCGAACUUCAGGGAAGCUGCUGAGCCCCGGCGCCUGCUGAACCCUCAGCUUCCAGAGCCUCCAGCAUGCGCGUGUGGGCCCCCGUGGGCGUCCUGGCCUCGUUGGCUUACUGCUUCCACCAGCGGCGGGUGGCCCUGGCCGAGCAUCGGGCUCCUGGUGGCCAGCGUCCGGUGGACCGCAGCCUACUGGAGCUGAAAAUGGUGCAGGUUGUGUUUCGACACGGGGCGCGGAGUCCGCUCAAGCCGCUCCCGCUGGAGGAGCAGGUGGAGUGGAGCCCCAAGCUUUUAGAGAUCCCACCUCAAACUCGGUUUGAUUACAGGGUCACCAAUCUAGCUGGUGGCCCGAAGCCUCAUUCUCCUUACGACUCCGAAUACCACAAGACCACCUUGAAGGGUGGCGUGUUUGCCGGGCAGCUGACCAAGGUGGGCAUGCAGCAGAUGUUUGCCCUGGGAGAGAGACUGAGGAAGAAUUACGUGGAAGACAUUCCUUUCCUUUCACCUGUCUUCAAUCCCCAAGAGGUCUUUGUUCGCUCCACCAACAUGUUUCGGAAUCUGGAAUCUACUCGGUGCUUGCUGGCUGGGCUUUUCCAACAUCAGAAAGGAUCUGUCAUCAUCCAAACGGAUGAGGCGAGCUCUGAAGUCCUGUAUCCCAACUACCAGAACUGCUGGAGCCUGAGAGAGAAGACCAGAGACCGGAAGAAGGCUGCCAUUUUGCAGCCAGGGAUCUCCAAGGAUUUGGAAAAGGUGAAAGCAGGUGUGGGCAUCAACAGUAGUGACGAAGUGGACUUCUUCGUUCUCCUGGACAAUGUGGCUGCUGAGCAGGUGCACAGCCUCCUGAGCUGCCCGGCGCUGAAGAGGUUUGCCCAGAUGAUUGAGCAGAGGGCUGUGGACACAGCCUUGUACAUGCUGCAGCAGGAAGACAGGGAAGGCAUCCAGAUGGCCGUGGGCCCAUUCCUACACCUCCUGGAGGGAAACCUGCUCAAAGCUGCGGACCCCACGACCCCAUCCAGCAAGACCAGGAAGCUGUACCUGUAUGCAACGCACGAUGUAACCCUCAUGCCUAUCCUAAUGGCCCUGGGGAUUUUUGACCACAAAUGGCCUCCGUUUGCUGCUGACCUGACCAUGGAACUCUACCAGCAUCGAGAAUCUAAGGAGUGGUUUGUGCAGCUCUAUUACCAUGGGGAGGAGCAAGUACCAAGGGGCUGCCCCGACAAGCUCUGUCCACUGGACAAGUUCCUGAACACCGUGUCACUUUAUGCUGUGAGCCCAGAGAAAUACCGCACGCUCUGCUCCCAAGCCCGAACAAUGGAACUCGGAGAGUGACUCAUUUACACAGACAGGUUGACUUUUAAAUAAAGUGCCUUUAUAUAAAAGAGUGUCAU